AAUGACAGUAUCAUGGUUGUGUAGAGUCCGAUGUUUUUCACGUAGCAAUUGACAUAUACUUGCACUAGGCAAGUAGUUAGUAAGGACGAACAACAAUACACAAUGGCGAGAAUAAUUUUACUGUGGUUACUGUUCGUUGUAUGUCUAAUUCACCAUUCAUCGACUUUUUAUUUACCGGGUCUAGCACCGGUAAAUUAUUGCAAGGCCGGAGAAACCUCUGAAACGUGUAAAUCUGAGAUUAAACUAUAUGUAAAUCGUCUAAACACUGAGAAAUAUGUAAUACCAUAUGAAUAUCAUCACUUUGAUUUUUGUCCUUCCGAUGAAACUCAAAGUCCUGUUGAAAACUUGGGACAGGUUGUUUUUGGAGAGCGUAUAAGGCCUUCUCCUUACAAGCUAGAGUUCAUGAAAAAUGUUAAUUGUGAUGUUGUGUGUAAAAGAUCAUAUGAAGUUGGAAAUAAAGAAUCAGAAAAGAAAUUGGAAUUUUUGAGGAAAGGAAUGGCAUUUAAAUAUCAGCAUCAUUGGAUAGUUGAUAAUAUGCCUGUUACAUGGUGUUAUCAGUUAGAGGAUGAAAGACAAUAUUGUAGUACUGGAUUUCCUAUGGGAUGCUUCUUACGAGAUUCAAGAUCUCAACAGGACUGUACUGUCAAUGAUGCAAAUAACAAAAGAGAAAACAGUUAUUACCUAUAUAAUCAUGUAGACCUUACGAUUACGUAUCAUAGCGGAGUUAAAGAAGAAUGGGGAUCUGCAUUUAAAGAAAAUGGAGGACGUAUAAUAUCUGUUAAAGUGGUUCCGCGUAGCAUUAAACAUAGUGAUGGUGUUAGUUGUGACUACAAAGAAGCAUUAGAUAUACCACUUUCUAUUAAGAAAUCCUUCGAUAUUACUUACACAUACUCUGUGACAUAUAUUGAAAACAGUACAAUCAAAUGGUCAUCUAGAUGGGAUUAUAUUUUAGAAUCUAUGCCACAUACAAAUAUCCAGUGGUUUAGUAUUCUUAAUUCAUUAAUAAUUGUUUUGUUCCUUUCUGGAAUGGUGGCUAUGAUAUUGCUCCGAACAUUGCACAAAGAUAUUGCUAGAUACAAUCAGGCUUCCUUCCAGAUAGAAUCAGGAGAAGACGCACAUGAAGAAUUUGGCUGGAAAUUAGUUCACGGUGAUGUAUUUCGACCUCCUCGCAAAGGAAUGUUAUUAUCAGUUUUACUCGGGUCUGGUGUUCAAGUGUUUUAUAUGACACUUGUAACACUUGCAUUUGCAUGUUUAGGAUUUUUAUCUCCAGCAAACAGAGGAGCUUUAAUGACUUGUGCCAUGGUUUUAUAUGUUUGUCUUGGAGCUACUGCUGGUUACGUAUCUGCUAGAAUAUAUAAAAGCUUCGGCGGUGAAAAAUGGAAAUCGAACGUUGUACUUACAUCUAUGUUGAGUCCUGGAAUUGUAUUCAGUUUAUUCUUUAUAAUGAAUUUAAUUUUUUGGGCAAAUGAAAGUUCAGCUGCAGUGCCAUUCAGCACCCUUAUUGCUCUUCUAGCACUUUGGUUUGGAGUAUCUCUUCCAUUAACAUUUAUUGGUGCUUAUUUCGGAUUCCGGAAAAGGUCUUUGGAGCAUCCUGUUAGAACCAAUCAAAUUCCUAGACAAAUACCAGAACAAAGUUUUUAUACUCAACCAAUACCUGGUGUAAUAAUGGGUGGAGUUCUACCUUUCGGCUGUAUAUUUAUACAACUAUUCUUUAUACUUAAUUCUUUAUGGUCAAGUCAGGUGUAUUACAUGUUUGGAUUUCUCUUUUUGGUAUUUGUUAUACUCGUAAUUACAUGUUCAGAAACGACGAUUUUACUUUGCUAUUUCCAUCUUUGUGCGGAGGAUUAUCAUUGGUGGUGGCGUAGUUUCCUAACAUCUGGAUUUACCGCGUUCUAUUUAUUAAUCUAUUGCAUACAUUUUUUCAUGACUAAGUUGGAAAUAGAAGAUGCUACAUCUACGUUCCUUUACUUUGGUUAUACUUGUAUUAUGGUUUACUUAUUCUUCGUUUUAACAGGAUCAAUUGGCUUCUUUGCCUGUUUCUGGUUCGUGCGAAAGAUCUACAGUGUCGUAAAAGUCGACUAAUGAAUCAAAUGAUACCUAUGGAAAUAAACUGAAUGUGGUAUGAAUAAAAUAGUCAUAGAAAUGAAUGAUAAUUGAUAUGAAUUUUGAAAAAGAUGGUGUUAACGUACAAGCAUCAAGUCCUUUUUAUGUGCAAGUAUUCUAGUUUCAAUUUAUUUAUUGUCUCAAUUAUAGAUAUUUCAUGCAAUUAAAUAUUUCAGAGAUAUUACUUAUUAUUUAUGUUAUUAAUAAUAAAUAAAGUAUAACAAUAAUAUUACAAAUUAGUAUAAAAAUACUGUUUGAUAAUGAUAAUAGUCAUAAGAAGCAAUUUUGCAAGAUUUCCAAAGAAGUAUAUUUGCCAAAAUUGUUUUUAUACAUUUUCUUGCUUCUUGAAACAUGCGCAUAAAAAGGGUUACAAAUCAGGUCAUUAAUUUGACCUGUUACCUGAAAACCAGGAGACAAAAUGUUCGAAAUUUAUCAGCAUAACAUUGAUGUGUUUAUUGUUAACUGCAGUAAAGACUCUAUAAUUGUUUGUAAAGGAUUGCACUUUAAUUCUAUAUUUUAUUCAAGAUUUAAUUGCAGUUUAAGAUACAUAUCUAUUAUAUUCAAUAUCGCCUUCGUGAGACGAUACCAAAGCAACGACGAAUCUUAUUUUAAUUUCUAUUUACUACUCGCUAUCUAUGAAUGAACCGUUAUAGAGUCUUUAGCGUACUUGUCAGUAUGCAUUCUUUUGAUAACGAGAUAGGUGUAUCAAAGCUAUAAAGAUACGUGUAUACAUUUUACAAAUGAAUUGUGCAAUCCAGACGUAAUGUAUAAUUAUUAGAUACAAUAGAUACAAUUUGUUUACAAUAAUAAGCUGAUAAACUAAAGAUAUUAAUCAACAAUGUAAAUAAGAGAAGACUUUUGUCUUGUAAUCGUCAAGUAGUCUCUCGAAUUCUCUGGACUAUAAAUUUGAAUUCUAAUGUGUACACACAUUUUUUAUCAUGUUUGUAAGACCGAGCCCUUUGCAGUCUGUAUUACACAGCUUAACUUUUUAAGUUGAAUAUAUUAUAAAAUUCAUAAAUGAUUGCGUAAAAGUAAUUUAAUCUUUUUGCGAUAUAAGCAGAGAAAGAAAUAUGUAUGUAUAUUAAUUUACUUACUGUAUGUUAAUUUACUUGUAAUACAUACACAUGUAUAAAUACGAUCACAAAGGAUGAAUUUCGUUAAAAUUUUAAGCGUAUUUUGAAAUACGAAAUUUUAGGCAAAAUAUUAUUUAUAGGCUCUAAAAAAGAUAUUAUUUUCAGGCGUUAAAAACUCAUAUAAUCGAUUCAGGUGCUCGAAAUAGUUUCAAAUUUCAAAGAACAAUUAUAGAAAGCCAAAUUCAGUGAGAAUAUCGAUUCUAGCCGGAUUCAUAUAACUAUUCUAUCAAACAUUUUGGUUAUAGUUCUUUAUUGUAAUUUUGUUCCGGUUUAAAUAAUUCAAAUAUUAUAUAAAAAAGGAAGAAAAUACAUAUAAAAAGAAAAUUUCCUUCUUUUGGUUCUUGGAAAGCUGGCUCAGAAGAGACAUUUAUGAUAAUAAAUACUUUUAAAAUUAUAAAUAACUACAUAUUAAAUUACCAUCCACAAUUUUAUAAAAAAAUUUAGAAAGAGAUCUAAAAAUUAAUUUUAAAUCAUAAUCAAGACAAAUAUAAUGUUAGUUUCUCAUAAUCGUUUCAGUCCCUGAUUUUUUUCACAUGACAAUUUAAAAAGAAUAAGAAUAUUUGAGAAUAUACAUUAUUGCAUAACUACGUUCUUUUCCUUAAAAUAUGUAAAAAAAUAUUUUUGGACGCAACAUGUCAUUAAAAUUAGUUUAAUUGGAGGAAAGAUAUACAGUGUAUUAAUUAGUAGUUAAGUUAUACACCAAAUUUGAAAUUCCAGUUUACUUUUAUUCUUUCUAUUCACAGUAUUUGUGAUUGUGAAAUAUUUUAAUUAAUAGCUGACAUGCACAUUCUGUAAUUCACGAUUUUUGUAAAUUGAAGCAAUUACAACGUUAGCGUUAACGAUUUUAAUAUAAAUAAAGAUCGAAUAAGUUUACGUAAA